CGCACCGCCUCCUCUUUGUCUGAUCCCUUCCAGAUUUCACAUCUAGACUAGACUGUUACAUUUUCUUGCCCAGGAAACUCGACCAGUUAGCUGUUGCCGACGACGAUGAGCGAACAAGCAUCAGAGCGCCCGAUUUGCUACUUUGACAUCUCCAUCGGAGGAAAGCCUACGGGGCGUAUUAUCUUUCAGCUGUAUAAUGACCUUGUACCGAAGACCGCUGAGAAUUUCCGCGCGUUGUGUACGGGCGAGAAGGGUGUAGGCAACUUAGGCAAACCUUUGUGCUAUGCAAACUCCGGAUUUCAUCGGGUAAUUAAGAAUUUCAUGAUCCAGGGUGGCGAUUUUACGGCGGGCAAUGGCACUGGUGGUGAAUCGAUCUACGGUGAAAAGUUCGAGGACGAAGCCUUUCCCAUCGACCACUCGAAGCCCUUCCUCCUGUCAAUGGCUAAUGCAGGACCGAACACCAACGGUUCCCAAUUCUUCAUCACCACCGUCCCGACGCCGCAUCUCGAUGGGAAGCACGUCGUGUUCGGAGAGGUCAUCCGUGGUAAAUCCGUUGUUCGUCAGGUCGAGAAUUACCCCACCUCGAGCGGCGAUGUUCCUACCUCCCCCAUCAUCAUCUCUGCCUCCGGUGUCCUCUCUCCCUCAGACCCUUCUCUUGCUCCACCCAGCAUCGACCCUUCCAGUUCCGCCUCUGGUCUGACCGACCCUUACGAAGACUACCCCGACGACCAAGAGAUUCCCAACCCCAACGACCCACCCACCGCCCUGCAAAUCGCCAGCACACUACGUGAGCUCGGUAACAAGCUCUACAAAUCCAAUCCUCCCAAACCCGCGGAAUCGCUUGAGAAGUGGAAGAAGGCGAUCAGGUACUUGGAUGUUCAUCCUGUGUUGCCGGAUAAUAUCCAGGGCGAAGAGAGAAAGGAGUUGGAGGAGAAGUGGAAGGGGCUGUUGGUCCCGUUGCUUUUGAAUGUGGCGCUUGUGGCGUUGAAAGCGGAUGAGGGUCGGGUCGGAGCCGAGGAGGCGUUGAAGGCCACGACUCGGGUUCUGGGAAUGCAAAUAAGCGACGCCGACCGAGCGAAAGCUUUGUACCGCAAAGGUCUUGCCCACAUCGCCAUCAAAGAGGACGAUGAGGCCGAGUUUGUCCUCGUCGAGGCUAGCACACUAGCCAAGGACGACAAAGCCAUCGCCGCCGAACUUGCUCGUGUCCAGAGACGCAAGAAGGAGAAGAGGGACAAGGAAAAGAAGGCGUUCAAGAAGAUGUUCGCAUAGCUGACGCACGAGAGAGGAUUGAACGCCGAGCGUUGAACGUUCUUGCGUAACGACGUCCAAGAAGACGAAGAUGCAUUUUUUUUUCACAAUUAACGUCUCAUCACCAGCCACUACCUUUCUUCACACAGUAAAGCGAUGAAUAAUG